GAAAUUCAACAACGCAGAACAUAUUCUCAUUUGGGAAAUAGAAGCUGGAACUUACUUAUUAAAUUUUAGGUUGUGAUAAGUAAGCUUGCUCCAUUUUCAUUUGCAGGCUCCCUUUUCUCCUUAGGAUAAUGUUAUCAUUGGAUGUAAACCAUUGCCUGAUGUUUGCCGUGGAGCUAAUGCUUCUGUUUUACAGCACAGGUAUAAAUGGAGACUGCAAACCCAAGAAUACCCUCUUUAUCAGUCCCAAAUCAAUAGUUGAUGCAUAUUUUCCAUCAGAAACUAUCUACCAAAAGGACAAUGGAAUUAAACUCUGUUUCAACAUCCAACCAAAUAAUACACGUGCAGAGUGUUGUAACAGCACGAAUUUCGACUGCAAUAUUGAAGUAAAAAUAGAUCAAGGUCAAUACAGGCUAAAUCUAACUGAAGAGAUUUUAUCCAAGCAAGAUAUUGUGGUGAUGAAGGAUCCAGAGCAUAAUUAUUCAUGUAUGCCAUCCCAGCUCUACAAAAGCAGCCCUGGUUUUCUUUAUAACAUCCACCGCUGCUUGAAUGAAAGUAUGAAGAAUAUGAGUAUGAAUAUGAGACUGAGCAAAGGGAGCUUUUGUGAAAAACUUUGCAAGGGAAAAACAGAAUAUGUCAUUAGUGAUAAUGACACAUGUAAUGUGUCAUGCAACCCGAAACCAUCCACAACCACCACCAGCAUCAAUUCUUCCAGCUCCUCUUCUGGACAAUCAUCCACAACAAUCACCCCCAGCUCCUCUUCUGGACAAUCAUCCACAACAAUCACCCCCAGCUCCUCUUCUGGACAAUCAUCCACAACAAUCACCCCCAGCUCCUCUUCUGGACAAUCAUCCACAACAAUCACCCCCAGCUCCUCUUCUGGACAAUCCACAACAAUCACCCCCAGCUCCUCUUCUGGACAAUCAUCCACAACAAUCGCCCCCAGCUCCUCUUCUGGACAAUCAUCUUCAAAACCCACCAGCAAUAACAAUAACCAACCAAGACCUAUUGACCUUUCCAUCAACAAUACCAUUCCUAACCCAGUAGACGUCAUGAAAAAUCUAUCCUUUGUCCUUGAACUGAUGGGUAAUUCCAGCACAGCAAGAAUCAAGAUGGGCAACGUCACAGGAGUGAUUGCCAAACUCUCCCAGAAAAAUCAAACCAACAUGAACUUUGCCUUCACAGAAAAUGCUGACGUGAAGAUCGUUAAAGGAGAAGACAGCAAUUUUACGGGCCCAUUUCAUUUCAUUGAUAUUCCUAAAGAGGCCAGUAAAAUGGCAGUGGAGAGAAAUGGAUCAUUUCUUGGAAUUCUGUUGUUUCCACAACAGCAUGCGGGUGACAGCAGUAAAUACUAUUUAAACAGAGAGAUAUUUGGAAUAGAAAUGGGGGCAAAAAUACAAAACCUUUCACAACCCAUCGAGAUUCAGUACAGUAAUGUGGACAAGAAAGGAGCGAAUGCUUCUUGCGUGUCUUGGGAUGGAAACAGCACAGAUGCAAACGGGAAAUCACUCUGGAUCACAGAUGGCUGUCAAACAGUGGAGACCAAUAACAGCAUCACCUGCCAGUGCACACAUCUAACCUUUUUUGCCAUACUCAUGUCACCUCCACCUGCAAACAUCAGCGCUUCUGAUGUUAAUUCUCUGACCUACAUCACUUCAAUCGGUUGUGGACUGUCGCUGUUUUUCUUGAUCGUCGGUCUCUUCAUGCACAUUCUCGUCAGAAAAGGGAAAGCAAGCGAAGCAACAAAGAUUCUGAUGAACCUCUUUGUCGCCAUGUUGAUCCUGAACUUGUCCUUCUUGACCAAUGAGAGCAUUUCAAAUCUGGGUAUCAAAGGUGCAUGUGUGGCAAUAGCAGCGGUUCUGCAUUACGGCAUGUUGGCCACUUUUACCUGGUUCUUCAUGCAGGCUUUACACUUGUACCUCAGUCUACGUCGAAUCUGCACUGAGGUGAAACAUUACAUGCUGAAGAUUUACAUCACAGGAUGGGUCAUACCGGCUGUGGUGGUGAUCGCUCUUCUUGCCUCCCAGAAAUAUAAUUCUAUUAAUAUUAAUACAAAUGAAGGGAAAACAGCAACAAUGUGCUGGAUCUCUGAUGCUGGUAUCCACCAGGGGGUGAACAUCGGCUAUUAUGCUCUGGUGUUCGUCUUCACUCUGAGUGUAUUCAUUCUAACUGUAAGGCAAAUCAUUUUAAUGCCAAAAGCAGGAAAAGCCCAAGACAAUAGUUCCAUUAAGAGCAACACUUCCACCAUUCUGGGCCUGUUCCUCCUUCUUGGCAUCACCUGGGCUUUUGCUUUUUUCAGCUACGGACCUUUGCUCCUCGCCUCCUACUACAUCUUUACCAUCCUCAACUCCUUUCAAGGUUUCUUCCUGUUCAUCUACUAUUAUAAAUCCAGCAAGAUUAUUGGAGACGGCAAAAUCCACACACAAAGUAGCAGCACAGCUACAUCAAAAACAGCUGUAACGUCUCCUUAUGCAUAAGGCUUGCUGUUUUAUCAUAUUUGAGACAAGAGGGCAGCAUUUUAUUUCAUAUAGUUCCAGUAGGUUACUCUGUGUAGAAACAACUUGGUCAUUCUUCCCAUGUGCUCUCUGCUGAAUGGCUUGUCUAAGAUGAAAUCACUAACCCGGUUUACCUUCUUUGACACACAUACUCAUGUCGAGUAGAGAUCGAGUUGUUGCCCGGAUGUAAUUUGAGACCACAGCGCUAUGUUUGUUCCUAUGCUUUUAUAUUUUAACAGAAAACUUGUCAUCAUUGAAAACUUGUCAUCAUUCAUAGAAGGCUGUGAUUCAGUCAGAGUACGCAACCACAAUCGUAAAAAUGUCAGGAUGUUAAAGUGUAAAAUGUUAAAGUGGGAAAGUGAAACAUGUCAAAGACAUAAGGACAUUUUCAAUUUGAUGGCAGUAACACCUCUCAAAAAGUUGGGACAGGGCCACGUUUACCACUGUGUAGCAUCCCAUCUUCCUUUAAACAAAAUUCCAUAAAUAUCUGGGAAUUGAGGACAAUUCAAUAAGGUUGUCUUUUUAGUUAUCAUUUCAUCUUGUGUCAAAUAUUCUCAGUUAACAAAUGUCUGCUCAGCAGCACCUGACUCUUCUACUACUAAGGCUACUGUAAUGGAUGCAGUAUACAGUUCCACCGGCAGAUGGGAUCAGGCACAUUCAUCUGGGAAAACUUGCCUUUAACAAGGUGUGGAAGAAUGGUAUUGAAGGCAGAGCUGUCCACAAUCAGGAUCCUCGCGUAGGUUCCUGGGGAGUCCAGCUUCUGCAGGAUGAAGUGUAGAGCCAUGUUGAUAGCCUUGUUGACAGACCUGUUGGCUCUGCAUGCAAACAUCAGGGUGUCAAGGAAGGGGGGCGUGAGGGCCUUGAAAUAGGAGAGAACCAGACACAAAUGACUUCAUGACCACAGAUGUCAGAGCCACAGGUCUGUAGUCAUUUAGUCCAGUGAUUCUUGGCUUCUUGUGGACAGGGACUAUGGUGGAGGACUUGAAGCAGGCAGGCACAUGACAAGUCUGCAGUGAGGAGUUGAAAAUGCCAGAAAACACUGGGGCCAGGUCAUUUUCAGUGUCUGAGAGAGGCAGGAGACACACAGUCUGGGCCAGGAGCUUAAAAUAUUACCUCACAUCUGCUUCAUAAAUAUCAGGGGUUGUAGUGGGAGAAAGUGGAGUGAGAUCCUCAUAGGUGUGUGGUGAGGAGGGGUGUGAUGUGGGUGAAGUCUUGUGGGUGAAAUUGGGGAGGUGGGUGGGAUGAGUGUCCAAAGUGUAUCUAUUGUUGGCGCAGUUGGAGGUGUGAAGGCUGCUUGAUGGCUCAUCAAAACGGCAAUGAAAGUUUUUGAGGGGUUUGGCCAAGAGCAAGUCAUCAGUGGAGUGGGGUGUUUUAGGCUUGUAGUUAGUGAUCUUCCAAAAUACUUUUCCACUCAGGGGCCGAGUCGUUCUGAGAUCUGCUGCUGCAUCUUCUAAGAGUGCUGAUGUUUAGCAAUGUCCACUUCUUUUCUGAACCUGUACUUGGCCUCUCUGUAGCAGUCCCUGUCUCGGCUUCAGAAUGCCAUUCUCUUUUCUAGCCACAGCUUUUUGAGUUUAGGAGUAAACCAGGGUUUGUCAUUGUUAUAACUCACCCUGGUGCGCGAUGGCACAAUGCUCUCCUUGCAGAAGUGGAUAUAGGAGGUGACAGUGUCCGUAAACUCAUCCAAGCUGUUAGAAACAGCCCUCAUUGUGUCCCUGUCUGUAGACUCCAAACACGUGCGAAGCUCCUCCACAGCCUCGUUGCUCCACAGUUUUUUAGUCCUCAUGACAGGUUUGGAGAGCUUCAGCCUCUGUCUCUACGUAGGGAUCAGAUGGAUCAUGACGUGGUCAGAAAGUCUGAGUGCAGUGCAGGGCAACACUGGUCCAGUGUCCUCUCCUCUCUGGUCGGGCAUUUAAUAUACGGUUUAUAUUUGGGAAGUUCCUGGCUCAGAUUGGCUUUGUUAAAGUCCCCAAGAGCCAUAAUGACAGUGUCCGGGUAUGUCCGAUCCAUGUGCACUACCUGCUCCUCGAGGGUGAGCUGCAUGGACAUCUGCAUCUGGCAGAAUGUAAACAGUGGCCAUAAAGAAUGAAGCAAACUCCCGCAGAGAUUAAAACAGUGAAUAAAAAGGUAUUCGAAAGCAUAGAAGAUAGUGCUUGUGUGAAUGGUGCAUGUUGCAUUGAGUGCUUUGAGUACCCCGGGAGAGUAGGAAAAUGCUAUUUAAUAAUCUUAGCAUUCUCUUGUUGAAAUAUCCAAGCAAUUCCUUGAAAAAGAUGUCUGCAUGGGAGAAUA